AUGGAAGCUCAUUUGUAGAAAUGCUAGAAAAAUCUAGAUAAUGUCGAUAACGGUGAUCAAUCAAAUCUAGCUAAUUUUUAAGACUCUAGAAAUGAUUAUCGAGAAUUGGCAGAUAACACAAUUAAGAGUUAGCUACUUCCUGAUAUCAAUACCAAUAAUAACUAGCAAUAAAUUUAAAACUAAAACUUUUCAUAAUAAAACAGAGUCUAAUACUAACCAAACGAUUAAUCUUUAAAUGUUAUCCAACCAAUAUAUAUCCCAAUGCCAUAUCCAGUAAUAUAGUAUUAAGCUGUCCCUAGUUAUGUGUAAAUGCCUCCAGAUUAUAUUAGAAAUGCCUAGAAUUAGAACUCUAAUAUUAAUCAACGACAAGAUAUUAAUAAUUAAGAAAUAAUCUAAUUUCACUCUAGUUAAGAGUAUAAUAAACAGAAGUAUCAACAAACUAACGAGUAAGAUCUAACUUAGCAGUACAAGAAAUAUUAUAACUCUGAGGCAUAUAAAGAUCAAUAUGUAAAGACGAUUGAAGAACAUAGGUUAAAGAGCAAAAGUAAAGACAUUUACAAUGAUGAGUAUCUUAGAUAAGAUAUUAGAAUCAAUAUUGAUUAGACCUUGAAUACUAAUUUAAACUCAAUUUCUCUUACUGUGAAUGAUUAAUAACCAGCAAUUAAGUUUAAAUCUGAUCUCUAAAAUGAUUUAUAACAAAUAAAGGUAGAAUUAGACAGCAAUAGACUCAAUGAAUCUAUUAAAAACCUUUAAUUAGCAAAAUAAAUGGACAUGAUAAGAGAAAAGCAGGUAAAAUCUGAGAUGAAAAGGAUGCAUAAUGACAUUAAUUAUCAGAAUAGUUUGAAUAAUAACUCAACUUCAAUAUUUAUAAGCCACAAGCAUUUGAAUAAGCCAUUCGGAUACUAGAAUUCUGAUAGUAAUGAUGAAGAUAAUGACUUAUAAAAAAUAGAGAUGUAUGAAAAAUAUAGAUCUGAAAGACAAAAAAUGCUGAUGGAUUAGCUGAAAAGUUUUAGCAAAUUUACCUAGUCUAAGACUAGUAAACAUGUUUCAAACAGAGAUUUUGAAAAAUCGCAUGGAUAAUUAAUUUAUACAUAUGGGGCUCAUGAAUUAGGUAAGAAGAAACAAAGUUACUUGCCAAUAUAUGGAGCUAGCUCAGAUCCUUUGAUUUUGGAGAUUGAGGAAAGGAAUAAAAAAAGAUUGAAAUUUAUGAAAAAUCUAGAGAGUGGAUCUAGAAAUAUAAUGAUUGGCGAUACCUAUGAUGGGGAGUAUGAAUUUUGA